UUAAGAAAGAACCGGCCCACAAACUCAUGGGAUCCGAAUCUAAAAGCUUAGAAGAACUUUAGAAGCUCCACCGCUAGUGGCGGCGGCGGCGGCGGCGGCGGCGGCGCGGCAAGUGAAACCUCUCGCAUAUCUAGAGACGAACCUCAAGUGUUUAAGGGAUGGGAGGAACUCUGCUUGGAAUGCCAGGGCCUUGGGCUGAGGAUUACCGUGAGAAAGCUGAUCAUUAUACUACCAAGAUUGGUGGAUUGCCUGACUGGCCUGUCUCAGAAAUGAAACUUGGAUCUAAUUGGCUGAAAUGUGUUUCAUGUGGAGGGAGGCUAUGUCUUGUUGCACAGGUAUAUGCUCCAAUUUCGUUGUCAACAAUGAAGAUUGAAGAGCGUGUUAUCUAUAUCCUUGGUUGUCCAACACCAAAAUGCGGGGGCAAUUCCUGUAGCUGGAGAGCUCUUCGACUCCAGAAGUGUGAUGAUGAAGUACAGUCCAGAAAUUCUACUCAGAAAACAAUACCAUCAGAAGAAAAUUCUUGUUCAGUUUCAAAAGCUGGAGAUUGGUGGGAAGAGGGCUUGCUCGACAAUUCUGCUCAAGAGCAAGUUGUUGGAAGUGAAGAUGCUCUUGAUUUGAAUGAGUUGGCCCUUGCUCUUUCUCAAGCAGCCACAUUGGCUUCGACUUCAAAAAAGCAAAAGGGCUCAGUAAAUUCUAAAACUUCUAGAAAAGGCUCAAUGACCAAGGCAAGAGAAAAGGAUGUUACUAUACCAGUUAUCCCAUGUUUUUAUAUCUAUUCUGAAGAGGAGUGUUCAUCAAGCAAAAUCAGUACCUUCUGCUCACAUUAUGCAUCACUUUCUAUGGAAGAAAACAAAAAUGUUUCUUCUGAACAUGAAGAAGAAGAAAAAUGGGAAGGUGAAACCUAUGAGUAUGAUAGAGCUUUGGGUGCUGACAGGAUAUACCUCAAGUUCAAGAAACAUAUAGAUGCAUAUCCAGAGCAAUGUUUUAGAUACUCUUAUGGUGGAAAACCAUUAUUGGCUACAACAAAACGUGAAGAGCCUGAAUCUUGUAAAGUUUGUGGUUCAGAGCGGCAAUACGAAAUGCAGUUGAUGUCCCCAUUAUUAUAUUUUCUGCACGAGGCUGCUGCUGAUUCUUCGACUUCUUUACCCGAUGAAUGGAGUUGGCUCACUCUUAUUGUCUAUACUUGUUCCAAUAGUUGUUGUCCAUUGACAUGCAGAGAGAAAUGCGGUGGUUGCUGCUGGGCAGUCGCGGAGGAGGCUAUCGUCAUCCAGGACGAAUAAAAUCCGAGUGUACAAACUCUAAACUCAUCUAUUCUACAGUUAUCUUUAAUCUACAUCCAUAUGUUUCUCCCACUUGAAUGUGUUUUGAUCAACAAUAAUGUUAUUCUUCUCAGUGUUGAAUGACAAAUUGUUGAUAAUGUUUUUGUUCCAUUAUAACAUUUCCCUGAACAUCAACUUUGGAUCA